GGUCUGCGCUUUCCCGAACGCCCGCAGCUGGGUCGGAAAGGCGGUCGUCGCAGUCUGUCGUGGCCUUGGACGGUUUCUGAACGUUCGUGUCCCUCACCCGCCACCUUGCCUCCUUUGGUUCCCAAGAUGCCGAUGUACCAGGUAAAGCCCUAUCACGAAGGCAGCGCAUCUCUCCGGGUAGAGCUUCCCACCUGCAUGUACCGGCUCCCCAACGUGCACGGCAGGACCGGCAGCCCAGCGCCGGACGUGUGCCACGUGCAGGAGGCGUCUGACCCGUCUCUUCAAGCUCUUGAGUCCCGCCAAGAUGAUAUUUUAAAACGUCUGUACGAACUGAAAGCUGCAGUUGAUGGUCUCUCCAAGAUGAUUCAGACACCGGACGCGGACCUGGACGUAACCAACAUAAUCCAGGCUGACGAGCCCACGGUUUUAUCGACCAACACACUGGACCUAAAUUCCGUGCUGGGAAAGGAUUACGGGGCGCUGAAAGACAUCGUCAUCAAUGCAAACCCUGCCUCCCCGCCCCUCUCCCUGCUUGUGCUGCACCAGCUGCUCUGUGACCACUACAGGGUCCUGUCCACCGUGCACACGCAUUCAGCGCUCAAGAGCGUGCCAGAAAACCUUCUCAAGUGCUUUGGAGAGCAGACUAGAAAACAGCCCCGUCACGAGUAUCAGCUGGGUUUUACUCUCAUUUGGAAGAACGUGCCGAAGACUCAGAUGAAGUUCAGUGUCCAAACGAUGUGUCCCAUUGAAGGAGAAGGGAACAUCGCACGGUUCUUGUUCUCUCUGUUUGGCCAGAAGCAUAAUGCUGUCAAUUUAACCCUCAUAGACAGCUGGGUAGAUAUAGCUAUUCUUCAGCUCAAAGAGGGAAGCAGUAAAGAAAAAGCCGCUGUGUUCCGCUCCAUGAACUCUGCUCUCGGGAAGAGCCCCUGGCUCGUGGGGAAUGAACUCACCGUGGCCGACGUCGUGCUCUGGUCUGUGCUCCAGCAGACUGGAGGCUGCAGCGGGACGGCGCCGGCCAACGUGGAGAAGUGGAUGAGGGCCUGUGAGAACCUGGCCCCUUUCAACACCGCCCUCAGGCUCCUUAAGGGACUUUCAGUAACUGAUUUUAAAGGGUUUAGCUUUUAAGAGUGGUGGUGUUUCACCCCUGCUGGUAAAGGAACUCAUACUGAAAUCAAAGUCUUUAUUUAGGCCAGAUGGCAAGCAUCAAUAAAAGCAUCAUAUAAUU